GUCGGUGGUCACGUGGAUCACAACUAGACACGUGACUCGGGUGCUGCGGUAACUUUCCCGCCACUCCUUGUUGACGGCUGUAGUCGGGAUUUGGGUGUUCCUCGUCACCCUCACAAUAUAUAACAAUGUCCGGAUUUUCGGGUGGUCCUCAUCACCCCCCGGGGCUCCCCGGUGUCCGGUUUCAGACGCCGGUGCGGUCAGACUCGUCGUGUUACUCAGGCCGGGAGUCUCUCUCCCCUUCAGCGCCGCAGCGCCUUCAUUCUCCCCCGGGCAGCUCUACUCCCAGCAGCCGGCCGUCUCCCGUGUCAGUAAACCGGGUGACUCCAGGGGGUGACGGUGGAGAACAAAGCAAGGAAUCCUAUUUUGCAGACAGAAGUUCCUACGCAGAAAAUGCCAGUGCUUUUAAUGGCGCCUCCAUUGCAAGCAGCAAUUCAAGGAAGGAGCCUGGCAGCUCCUGUGGCAGAAAACAAGUAGGCGGCUACUUUACGAAAUCCAAGAUCCAGACUCCUGUGACAGGAUAUACAGCUACAACAACAACGUCCUCAGCCUCCGCUCGCUCUGCAGCUUCUGUUUAUGUAGCAGUGGUGGAAGGAAGAGGCCUCGCCAGAGGAGAGAUAGGCAUGGCUAGUUUGGAUUUGAAGAAUCCUGAUGUGGUUUUAUCUCAGUUUUCAGACAGCGGUAUUUAUGUGAAGGUAAUAACAAAACUCCAGAUUCUGGCACCGCUAGAAAUACUGAUGCCAAAUACUGCGUGUGAAAAUGGAAAGACCACAGAACUGUUUCGUCUUAUAAAUGAAAAUUUUAAGGAUGUUUCCUUAACUUCAGUACAGCGGAAGUAUUUCAAUGAAACCAAAGGCCUGGAAUACAUAGAACAGUUAUGUGCCCCAGAGUUCAGCACAGUAUUAAUGGAAGUUCAGUCAAAGUACUACUGUCUAGCAGCAGUUGCAGCAUUGCUGAAAUAUUUGGAAUUUAUUCAGAAUUCAGUUUAUGCUCCAAAAUCUCUGAAGUUUCGGUUUCAAGGAAGUGAACAAACAGCAAUGAUCGAUUCUGCGUCUGCUCAGAACCUUGAACUCUUGGUGAAUAACAGAGACUCCAGAAAUAGUCACACCCUUUUUGGGGUCCUGAAUAAUACCAAAACUCCAGGUGGAAGCCGAAGACUCAGAUCAAAUAUCUUAGAACCUCUCAUUGACCUGGAAACCAUCAACACACGGCUGGACUGUGUCCAAGAAUUUCUUGACGAUGAAGAACUUUUCUUUAGUCUUCAGUCAGUUCUUUCCAGGUUUUUGGACACAGAACAGCUUCUUUCUAAUCUUAUACAGAUUCCAAAGCAGGACACGGAAAGAGCAGCAGAUACAAAAAUAAACUAUAUCAUCUCACUCAAGCAUACACUUGAACUUGUGGAGCCUUUAAAGGCUGUACUGGAAAAAUGCAGAACACCCCUUCUCCAAGCAUAUUGCUCAUCAAUAGAUGAUACCAGGUUUAACAUCAUACUUGAAAAAAUUAAAACAGUUAUUAAUGAUGAAACCAGAUACACCAGAGGAUGCCUCAACACGAGGACUCAGAAGUGUUACGCGGUAAAGCCAAAUAUAAAUGAAUUCCUCGAUAUUGCCCGAAGGACUUAUGCAGAAAUUAUAGACGACAUUGCUGGAAUGAUAUCCCAGCUGUCUGAUAGGUACAAUUUAUCAUUACGGACCAGUUUCAGCUUGGCUCGUGGAUUCUUCGUUCAGAUGAAUGUGGAACAUGGGACCAAGCAGCAAUCUCUCCCUGCAGACUUUAUUAAGGUGACACGAGUGAAGAACACCUUCAGCUUUACAACAGUGGACCUGAUAAAGAUGAAUGAAAGGUGUCAGGAAUCUCUAAAAGAGAUCUAUCAUAUGUCUUAUAUAAUCGUGUGUAAGCUUCUUGGUGAGAUCUAUGAACACAUCCAUUGCCUCUAUAAGUUGUCAGACGCGGUCUCAAUGCUGGACAUGCUUCUGUCCUUUGCCAAUAUUUGCACGUUUUCAGAAUACGUUCGCCCAGAAUUCACAGAUACAACAGCCAUUAAGCAGGGCUGGCACCCGAUCUUAGAAAAGAUAGCACUGGGGAAACCAGUUGCCAAUGACACUUUUAUAAGCGAAGGUAAUAAUUUUCUCAUACUCACCGGACCAAAUAUGAGCGGAAAAUCAACUUACCUAAAACAGAUCGCACUUUGUCAGAUAAUGGCGCAAAUAGGCUCAUUCGUCCCUGCAGAAUACUGUUCCUUCAGAAUUGCCGAGCAGAUAUUUACCCGAAUUGGGAUGGAUGAUGAUAUUGAAACGAAUGCCUCUACGUUCAUGAAGGAAAUGAAGGAGAUUACUUACAUUAUGCAGAAUGCGAAUGAGAAGUCCUUAAUAAUAAUCGAUGAACUAGGUAGAGGCACCAGCGCAGAGGAAGGAAUUGGCAUCUGUUACGCGGUCUGCGAGCACCUUAUAGGAUCAAAGGCUUUUACGCUUUUUGCAACCCAUUUUUUAGAGCUGUGUCACCUUGGUACAAUGUAUCCGAAUGUGCAGAACUUUCACUUUGAAGUGAAACAUGGGGGAGACAAGACGGGUUGUGAGGACUCCAUCUUUUACACAUACUUGCUAGCAGAGGGGCACACACAAGAGAAGAAUUAUGGUUUAAGGGCAGCAUCACUUUCAUCAUUACCUCCCUUAGUAUUAGAGGAUGCCAGUGAACUGUCAAGACUGGUCGCAGACAAGAUUCUACAAAAGCAAAGCAGCACUCCAGAAAGCGUCAGACAGAAGGCAGACUACCACUUAGCUCUGAGACUCGUGCAGGCCGCAAAGAAUUCACAGCUGGACUCAGACAGUCUUAGAACAUAUUUGAAGAAGCUGAAAUGCAAAUAUUCCUCUGAAAGUGCUGGAGGUGACUAUUCAUCUUUGGAAUCUAUGGAGUGACGACUUAUAUGUACGAUAACUGCAAUAAAAUCUCAACUGAUCAAAAAGGAAUUGCCAUGGGGGAUAAAUUCGACCGCAUGCGUUUAAUGGUGUAACUAUUCAUUUUUAGUUUUUUUUAAAAACUUUUUAAUGAGAAAACACACUGUGCAAUUGUAAGUUUAAAAUCCAAGUGGAGGAGUAAUGGCUGAGCCUUGUAGCCUGUUAGUGUAGGAGAUGGCACAGU